AUGAACGAGGAAGAGAUAAAAACAAUGAUAAAAAGAUUGAAAAGUGAAAAUCAAACACAAAAUGAAAUAAAUGAAAAAAUUCCAUACUUAAUUAAUACAUUAAAUGAAAAGAAAUAUUUAAAAUAUCAAAACGAGAUUUGUGAAAUUAUUGGAAGGAAUAUUGGUGUAUAUAGUAGAAAAAGUAUUAUUCAACAAAUUUAUUAUAUUAUACCAGAUUUAAUUUUUGGAAUUAAUAAAGAAAUAAGUAAAGAAAUAAAUAAUAAUAAAGAAGAAAUAAUUUAUAUUAAACAUCCUUUUAUACCUAAUUCAAAACAAAUUAUCACUAAUCCAAUAAUUUUUUCAUGUGGAAUAAUUAAAAUUUGUAUAAUACUUAUUAAAAAAAGUCAAGUUAAAUUUUAUACACCUAUAAUAGAUUUAAUGAUAAGUAUUAUAAAAAGUGAUAAACAUAAAACAAAUCUUAUUUCAUCAACACUUGAAUUUAUUUUUGGUUUAAUUAAAGAACUCAACUCACCAACAUUUAAUUUAUAUUUUUAUCAAACAAUAAUUGAAUGGAGUAUAAAAGAAAAGAAUAUUUCAAAAGAAAUUAAAAGAGUUUUAGAAAAUAUACCAAUUAAUAUUAUUAAAGAAAGUCAAUAUAUUAUUAAAGAAGCAAUUAAUAUUAGUACAACACCAAUUUAUUUUAAAAUAAUGGUUAAAAUAAUAAAAAAAGGAGGAAUAGAAAUAAUAAAAAAAUAUAAAGAUGUUAUAAUUAAUGGAAUGUGUUGUGGAGAAAGAGAAGAUGUAAUUGAAAUUAUUGAAGAAAUAAAGAAAAAAGAAGAAGGAUUAAAAAUAAUAGAAGAACAAGAAAAUAAAUUAAUAUCUAUUAUUGAAUCAAAAGGAAUUUAUAAAAAAGCAAAUUGUAUUCAAACAGGAUUUAUAUAUUGUACAAGAUGUGUUAAAAAAGAAGAAAAAUAUGAAGAAAUUAUGAAAAGAAUUAGAAAUGAAAUUAUUAAUGAAAUUGUUAAUAUGAUUAAAAAAGAAAUUAAAGAAGAUAUACUUAAAGUUAUUACAUUUAUUAGUAUAGAAAUUACAGAAAAAAAAUAUUGGAUGGGAAUAAAUGAAAAACAAUUUUAUUCAACACUUAAUACAUAUUUAAAUAUAUUAUAUCAACAUUAUAUUAAAAAAAUAGGAGAAAAAGAAAAAGAAAAAGGAUUAAAAUAUAUAAUUAAAUGUUUAAUUAUUGGAUAUCCAGAAAAUGAUAGUAAAAAAGAAGAAUUUAUAGAAAUAAUAAGUGAAAAUGAAAAUAUUAUGAAAAAAUAUAUGAAAUAUAUUUUAACAUAUUUACCUAUAAAUUCAAAAAGAGCAAAAAAUAUUAAUCAAAAAUUAAUGAUAAAAACACUUGGAAAAGGUAUUAAUAAAGAAAAUGAAAAAAUUAUUGGAAAAUUAUGUUGUUAUUUUGCAUUAAGUACAAAUAAAAUAAAUAUGAAAAGAAAUAGAAAAGGAGAAAAAUAUAAAGUUGAAUGUCCAUUUUGUGAUGGAAAUAAAGAAAAUAUAAAAGAAAUGUAUCAAAUAAAAACAACAUUAACAUUUGAAGGAAUUACUGAAAUAAUUAAAAAUAAAUAUAAUAAAAUAAAUGAAGAAGAAGAUAAAAAAGAAGAAAGAAGUAAUAUUGGAGAAACAUAUAUUAGAAUGAUUAUUCAUUUACCAAUAAGUAAUAAAGAAAAAAUGGAAAAAAUUAAAGAAAUGGUUAAAAGAAUGAAAGGGAUAAAAAAGAAUAAAAAAUAUUGUAAAAUUUUUAGAAUUAUUUUUAGAUUUAUAUCAAAAGUAAUUACAGAAAGAAUAGAUGAAGAAGAUAAUGAAGAAAAUAAAAAAUAUUUUGAAGGAAUUAUUGAAGAAAUGAUAAAGAAAGAAAUUGAAGAUAGAAAUGAAAUAUAUGAUAUAAUUGGAGAAAUUAUUAAUGAAAUAGAUAUAACAAAAAUUAAUAUAAUUAUAAAAAAAAUGAUUUAUGAACCAAAAUUUUAUGAAAAUCAAAUGAUAAGAAUAAGAAUUAUUGAAACAAUAAAAAAAUGUGGGAAAUAUUUAGAAUAUUCAACAAUAGAAAAAAUGUUUAAUGAACAUAGAGAAUUAGAUAAAGAUAUUUUUUAUUUAACAAGACAACCUUAUCAAAAAUCAUUUAUUAAUCAUUUUUUAGAUGAAAAGAAUGAAAAUGGAUUUAAUAAAUUUAUUGAAAUUAGAAAAGAAAAUAUUCUUCCAAAAAUUAUUUAUAAUAUUUUAACUAAAAAGAAAUUUGAAAAUCAAUUUAAUAUUGAUGAAAAUCAAGGAUUUGAAAUUUAUAUUAAAAAUAUUAAUAUUAGAUUAGAAAUUUAUUAUCAUAUAUUUCAUGAUUGGAUUAAAGAAGGAAAUGAAAAAUUAUUAAAUAAAGUAACUAUUGAAAUUAAAAAUGUAUUUAAUAAACUUAAUAUAGAACAACAAAAUAUUAUUAUGGAAUUAUUAAAAAAAGAUCAUUCAAGUAUUUUUGAACAUUUUAUAUUACGUAGUAAAGAAAAAGAAAUAAAAAAUACAUUAAUUAUAUUAAAUAAAGUUAUAGUAUGUUUAGAACAAAUAAAAAUUGGAGAUAAUAAAGAUGAUAUAAUAAAAGAAAUAGGAAAAAAAUAUGGAUUAAUUUUUAUGACUCGUAUUAGAAGAGUACUUGGAUUUAGUAAUACAAAAGAAAGUGUAUUUGGAUGGAAUGAUGGAUUUAAUGGAAUUAUAAAAUUUCUCAAUAUAAAAAGUGAAAUUAAAGAUAUUAAAUAUAUUUUAUUAAAAAUUAUCAGAAAAAUUACAAAAAAAGUAAUAAAUAGAAAAGAAAUUAAUUCACAAACAAUUGAUAUAAUGAGAAUGUGGAGAAAAAUGUGUGAAUGUAAAGAUAAUGAUGAUAUUAUACUUGAAAUUGCAUUAACAACAAAAGAAAUUCUUGAUAAAGGAAAUGAUAAUGAAGAAAUUAAAAGAAUUGGAAAUAAUAUUAUUGAAGAACUUAAAAAAAAUAAAGAAAGUAUUAAAAUAUUUUAUCCAGAAUUUAAUUUAGAAUAUAAUACUGAAAUACAACAACAACAACAACAAAAACAACAACCAGAACUUGCUAUUGCAAAAAAAUUAUUAACAAAAAGUAAAAGUAGAAAAGUAAAAUAUUAUAUUUUAAAAAAAAUUAAUAAAAUAAUAAGUGAAGGAGGAAUUAGUUCAUUAAAUGAAUUAAAUGAUGAACAACUUAAUAAUACACUUACUACAUUACUUAAAGAAAUGAAAGGAAAUAAAGAUAUUGAAUAUGAAAUUGGAAAAAUUAUUGGAGUUAUAGGUGCUAUUUCACCAUCUAGAAUUCAUCAAGAUAUUUCAUUUUCAAUUAAUAAAGAAAAUUUAACAAAUAUGAAUACAUUAAUUAUUAAUUUACUUAAAAAUUAUCUUGUUCCAGAACUUAUUGAAAGAGGAGGAGAUGAAUCAUUAUUAUUUGUAAUUAUGAAUUUAUUAACAAAUGGAUUUACAAAACAAAAAAAAGUAUUACAACAAACAAAAAGUAAAAUUAUUAAUGGAAUUAUGAAUAAUUUACCAAUUGAACAACAAACAAUUAUUAAUAAUAUUAUGAAUUCAUAUAAUUCUAUUACAAUAAUUAAUGAACCAAAUAUUAAAUUUGAAAAAAAAAUGUUUUUAGAAAAAGGAUAUUGUAUUUUUACUAAUUGGAUUGUUUCAUUUUAUUCAUUUAUUAUAUCUAAUAUUAAUAAUGUAUCAACUGAAUAUCAAAUAUUUAAUUUAAUGAUUAAUAUUAUGAUUAAUAAUACAUUUAAUUGUCAAAUACCUAUAAUUCAUUUAUUAUUUCCUAUUGCAUUAAAAUAUUCUUUAAUUCAAUGUAGUCCUAAAUCAAUUCAAGAUAUAAUAGAAGAAGUUAUUGAUGUUCUUGAAAAAAUUAAAAAAAAUAAAGAAAAUUCUAAUGCAAUUUAUGCAUCUCAAAUAAUAUUUGAAACAAUAGAUUAUUUAAUAGGAUUUAAAGAUAAUGAAAAUAUUGUUCAAUUUCUUAGUGGAAUUGAUCAAAUGCUUAUUGCAUCAACUGCACAAGCAGUUAAUUCACCAGAAAGAGCAUAUGUAUUAAUAGAAAAUUAUCUUCAUGAUAAUAAAGGAAUAAAUGAAAAUCAAAAAAAAAUACUUAUUAAAGAUAUGAUUAAUUUAUCAAAAGAACUUGGUAAACAACAUGAAAUGGCAUUUUGGAAAAGAAAAAGUUCAGGAAUAAUUAAUGAUGAAGAAAUAAAUGAAGAAGAAAGAUUAGAAGAAAAUAAUAUUAAUACAAUUAAUAAAUCUACUAAAGAUGAAUUUAUUAUUAGAAAAAUGAUUAGAAAAUUUAUUAAAGGAGAAGAAAUAGAUAAUAUAAAAUUUUAUUUUAAAGAUAAAAUUUGGGAAAUUAUUUGGAAAUGUAUUUUUGAAUAUAAUAAAGAUACUAUUAAAAUUAAUAUUAAAGAAGGAAUUGAAAUUCUUAGUAAACGUUUAGGAAAAGAAAUUAAAAUAUCAUAUAUGAGAGCAUAUGAAACAAUUAAAUUACUUCAUUUAUUUUAUGAUAUUAAAUAUUUAACAAAAAGAAAAAAUAAUAAUAAUAAUAAUAAUAUAACAAAAAAAUAUAAAGAUAUUCUUCAAAGAAUGAAAUAUCUUAAUAAAAAUAUUGAAGAUAUAGAAACAUUAACUCUUAUUCAAAUUGGAAUUUUAAAUACAAUUAAACCUAUUCAAAAUGAAAUGACUACAGAAGUAACUAUUAAUUUAAUUCAAAAUUUAAUAAAAGAAAUUAAUGAUAAAAUUAGUCAAUCUCUUAUUAUUUUAAGUCAUUUAUGUAGAAAUGCAAAAUUAUUUAAUAAAUCAAAAGAUUAUUGUAAUAUUGCUAUUAAAAUUAAUCAAAAUAAAAAUAAUGAAAUAAUAUCAUCUAAUAUUAUUUAUCAAAUUGGUAUAGAAAAAUGUAUGAGUGAAUAUCAACAAAAUCAUUGUAUUGAAAUAUUAAGUGAUUUAAAAGUUUUAUAUGAUGAAAUAAAUAAAAAAAAUAAAUUAAAUAAAUUAAAUGAAUAUGAUUAUGUUAUUAAAAAAUUAGCAUUAAAAAUAGCUAUUAUAACUGAAGAAAAUAAUGGAAAUUAUGAUGAAAUUCUUAGUUGGUAUAAAAAAGCUCUUUUUGAAAAAGAUGAAGAUGAAAUAAAAAAUAAAACUUUUCAACAAAAUAAAUUAAAAAUGAAAAUAUAUUAUUUUUAUGCUCAUUUUCUUGAAACUGUAAAACAAAUUGAUAUAAAUGAUUCAAUUAUUAUUAAUGAAAUAUUAAUAAAAUAUAUGUUCUCUUUAAAAUAUGGUUUUAAAUAUUUAUAUUAUAUUAUUCCAAAAAUUAUUUCUUUAAGUAAUUCUAUUGAUUCUACUGGAAAAAAAAUUAUGAAAGAUUUUGUUCUUUAUUAUCCUGAAUAUCUUUGGUAUCCUUUUCUUACUUUAAUUAUUUCUAAAUUAGAACAACCUAAUUUUUCUAAAUCUUUUUUAUCUCUUAUUUUAACUAAAGUCCUUGUAAAAUAUCCUGAACAAGUUUCUUGGCAUUUAGCUUCUUCUAUCUUUAGUUCUAAUGAAAAAAGAGUUAAUAUUGUUAAAAAAAUUAUUGAAAAUGCAAAUACUAUUAAUAAUACUGUUCAUUUAUUUUUUAAUGAAUUAUUUCAAUUUGGUGAUGCUUUUAAUUUAUUAGCAAAAGAUACUGGUUUAGAACCUGGAAUUCAUAAAAUUACUUCAAAAAGAAAUCCAAAAUAUUCUAUUCUUCUUAAUGAAAAUUGGAGUCAUUUAAUUAUUCCUACUCAAAAAGCUUUAACAAUUAAUAUUCCUCUUUCUCAUUUACAAAAUAAUUAUUCUCCUUUUGAUUUAUCUUUACCUAAAAUUAAAUGUCUUGAAAAUUCUUUUAAAGUUUUUAAUUCUUUACAAAAACCAAAAAGAAUUACUAUUUUAUCUAAAGAUAAAUCUAUUCCUUAUUAUUUUUUAUGUAAAGGAAAUGAUGAUAUUAGAAAAGAUAGUUUUGUUCAAGAAUUAUUUGGUGCAAUUAAUCAUCUUUUUGAAACUUCUCAUUAUACUCAAAAAUAUAAUUUAAAAAUUCAAACUUAUACUGCUUUACCAAUGUCUGAAGAUACUGGUUUAAUUGAAUGGGCUACUAAUACUGUUCCUAUGAAAUCUUUAUUUUUUGAUUCUCGUACUAAAGAUAUUGUUACUUAUCAUAAAUUAGUUUCAAAUGAAUUUGAUCAAAGAAAAAGAAUUGAUUUAUAUAAAAAAUAUAUUUUAAAUUCUUCUUAUAUUCUUCCUCCUCAAUUCUAUUCUAAUUUUAAUCUUUCUUUUCUUACUCCUCAUCUUCAAAUUAAUGCAAGAGAAAAUUAUACUAAAAGUAUGGCUGUAAUGUCUAUGCUUGGUUCAAUUAUUGGUCUUGGUGAUCGUCAUUUAGAAAAUAUUUUAUUAAAUACAAAAGAUGGAAAUGUUGUUCAUAUUGAUUUUGAUAUGUUAUUUUGGAAAGGUGAAAUCCUUCCUGUUCCUGAAACUGUUCCUUUUAGAUUAACUACUAAUAUGAUUGAUUGUUUUGGUCCUCAAUCUGAAAAUGGUCUCUUUCUUGAUAUGUGUACUCUCGUUUUAAAAACUUUACGUCAUAAUAAAUCCGUUAUUAUCUCUUUAACUAAUAGUAUGUUACAUCCCUCUUUUAUUGAUUGGGCUCUUGAUGAAAAAAGAGCUUCCCAAAUCCCUGAAAAACCAAUUCCUCGUUUUAAACGUAUUUUAUCUGGUAUUGAUAAAUUAGGAAGAGUUGUUUCUGAACGUUCUCAAGCUGAACAACUUAUUAAUGAUGCAAAAUCUGUUGAUAAUUUAGCUUCAAUGUUUCAUGGUUGGCUUCCUUAUAUCUAA